AAGGAGAUAAUAUGCGCGGAUGAGGCGAAACGCUAAGUGCGCGGUGACCUCAAUGCUGGGCGCUGCUGCAUCCAGCUGCCUGCCCACUGGAGCGGAGGCGGGAUGCUCCCUCGGUGCUCCGUCGUGAGGGGGCUGUUCCCUCCGCACAUCCGAGCUCGCUCAGUCCGUCCGGAGCAGCGGCAGGGAUGAGAGCUGGGCACCACGACGCGUUUGGCAGUGAUGGCCUCAGCUGAGCAGUCGUGACGGCGCUCCUGCCGCUGCACACAGGGAAGAAGCAGAGACACCUUGACACCCGACCUGCCGUCCUCAGACGGAAAGGGGGGGGGGGAGGAAACACACCAGCACAAACAAAUGCGAACAUGUACAGCGUGGAGGACCUCCUCAUCUCUCAUGGAUACAAGCUUCCCAAGCAUACUACCUCCUCCACGACCCCGACCCCGACCCCCGCGUCGUCUUCUUCGUCUUCAUCCCGCCAGGCACCCUCGUCGUCACCUCCAUCCUACAGCAAACACCACGAGAGCUUGGGGAGCAGGCCCAGCAGCCGGGCGGUGAACGGCUACGAACGGGGGCCGAGGGUGGCGUUCGGGAACAGCUGCGGAAGCAGGCACCCUCAAGGCUACGAGGUGGGAAGUGCGUGUCCCAACAACAACGUGGAACCCAGGGUCAGGAGCCAGUCCAGGCAGGAAGGCGACAGCCAGGUCCACGUUGAGACCGCUUCUUACGGGGAUUCGCUGACGUCAGACGGCGGGUUCUGCGAUGGCACCAGAGGUCAACAGAUGCAGCCCAAGGACGUGUCCUUCUGGAGGAGGAGAGGCCAGGACUUCACCGUGCUGCUGGACUACGCCGACCUCAGAGAGCCCCACGCAGGGGGGCACGGGGAAUACAAAAGGCCGGAGGGGCCUCAACAAGCGAGAGGUCAAGAGUUGUCGGCCGAGGAUCGCCAAAGGGUAGUCCAGGAGAGGCAGCGCUGGGCAGCCCAGGUCCAGGCUCGCGCCAAAGAGAGGGAAGCGGCUCUCAAUCAAUGGCGAAUGGCAGCCGAGAGGAAGUGCCAGACCCUGGGGGCGGACGAGUGGCGUCCGAGCGUCAGUUUCAGCCGCCAGAUGUCGCAGAGCGAGGGUGAACGCUGGGCAAAGGAGCAGCAGCGGCUCCAUGCCAGGACACCGGAGGGAAUGGUCGUCCACCCCAGGACCAAAACUAAAUCCCACUCGAUGCCCCGGAUGCUGCGGCCUGAGAGCCUGCAAUAUGUGGACGUGACCCCGUGUGGUCAGGAACUGUACCGCCGCGUCAACGGUCACCCGCUGUCACACCACGACCUUUACAGGGCGCCCCGCUGGCCGGAGAACGGCAGGCCGGCGAGCGCCAACCAAUUAUCAUUAACGCCAAAGCCCCGCUUCACCCGGCCCCCGAGACCGCCCUCCUAUGAGAUGCACCAGCAGAUCAGGGGAAGCUGUGAGAUAUUAUCCGGGAGGGACUCCGUGAUGUCCCAAACGAGGGACAGGACUCCUCUUCCCGUCACGCAGCCGGGUGAUGCUCCACUGGACUAUUUUGCACAGGACUCCGGACCUCCGGGAUACAUCCCCCCUCCGUCGUACAAGAGAGCCCCUGUGAUUAUUGGGGGGCGUCGGGGAUAUGGUGAGAUUGCAGUUGACUACAGGUACAGAGGCGACGUGUACCAGCAUAUACACGUGGCUCCAGACGGGUCUCACUGGAUCGCUCGGCACCCGGCGGGCUCUUGGUCCGAGCCGCCCAGGGAGAGGUGUACGGCAGGCCAGAAGCAGCUCCAUCCGUUGUGUGCCAUGCAGGGCCCGGGGGGGAGGGUUCAAUACAUCUCCUUCGACGACCCCCGCAUCCGCCACAUUUCCUCAGCCCUGGGUGGAAACUCCCUGACGGACGCGGACAAGAUACGCCACAUCCGCAACGAGCUUCCCGGCAACGCCGCGUCAGAAUCAUCUUCCAGCAACAGUGCCUUUUUGCCCCCGUCGGGGGGGGCUUUUAUCGCUGCCAAACUGGCCAGCGAUGUUAAUCAGACAUCUUUAUGUGACUUUGACAAUGACAAUAAGAGUUGGCACAGCAAUUUGCACAAAGAGACUGUGGAUAACUUCUCAGCAACUGACCAAAACUGCAACUCCUAUUCCAAAAACCAACGUCCUCCUCCGUCGCCAUCUUCAGCCUUUCAGGCCCCAGUCAGAAGAGCGUCAUCUCGCCAGGGGCCCAGUUUAGAUCAGGUCUUUGCGGAAACCAUUACACAAGUGAAGAAAAUCGUCCCAGAAUCGGUGUCGGAGAAUAACCGCAGUACCAAGAGAAGAGUGAGCGAGACCAUCUUCUGCCUUGUGUCUGUUCCCCUUCACACACCGACCAACCUUAAUAAAGAUUCAUCUGCAGAUCAGAACAACAACGACACAACUCGAAGUCUGACGGUGAGCAACACAGAAACCUUUGCCGUCGGUCUCAAGGAGACCCACAGCCUGAGAAGCAAGUCGGUCAACGAGAUGCCCAUCAGACUCCAGUACUCCCACUUUCACACCAGCAGCACCUCCUCCCUGAGGAACUACAAGAGGGCCCCUUUAAGGAAGGAGAUCAUAGACGCCUGGGCCCUUCAAGCCAGUGAAGACAGGGAGAUGUGUUAUGCUGGAUCUUGGCCGGGAAACCAAUACCGUAACCAAGAGACCCAGACCGGGUCACCUUUGACUGUGGUCAAAAGUCCAGAACCCCAAAGUCCACCUAGUGGACAGGAACCUAUCCACUCCGCUUCGGAUGCCACCACUGACAGCGGUGUGGGGACCGACAACGGUUCCUCUUACGGCUACCCCAUGGCCGGCCAGAAAGACCUCCAGCCCUCCAGCAACAGCGCCUUCUCCCGUCUCAGCAACAGCCCGACGCCGCAGCAACAACCGAAAGCCGUGGAAGAUGCGUCCUCCCAAUCCAAUCAACAGGAUCAACGAGACAAGAAUCCAUCAUCUCCAAAGAGGAGCAACUCCACUCCUCCUGAGAGUACAGAAGUGGCCUUUGGUCAGUUUCUCCUGAAGCCGGUAAACCGACGACCGUGUGACGCCAUCGGUGAGUUGGAGAGCAUCAACAAGGAGAUGCAAGACACAAUCAGCAAGAGACCUCAUGUGGGUCGGUCAGUGGAUGAUCUCGACGGCAUGAGGACAAGAAUUAGCCGAGCGAAUUUCACUGCCGGCCUCGGAAAAGUCAGAGAUCCACCGGGUCCGACACCCGUACUCUCAGAAAAAACUGCUAUCAAAGUCAGAUCGAGAUCCUUUCCUCCUGCUAAUGAUUUGGAAUCCGUGAGCAUGCAAAAGGCGUUCUCCAGGGCACCGCCCAACGCACCCCCGGCUCCGAAGGUGGGCCCGACAUCCACCCCAGGGGGGAGGCAGCCUCCGUCCUUCCUGCCUCAACACAGUGACACAAACCGGCUCUAUCGGCAGGACAUUCCAGUCCCUCAGGAGUCAAUGCUCAGGGAUGUCGGACUAACCGUCUACACGGAAGCCCCUAGUGGCCACGGGGAGACAACGCAAGGCUCCCAUCCGCUCCCGUCUCGACUUGAUCACAAGGACCUGCCGGUGCAGCUUUUAAGGGAGAGCGGCACAACGCUUCUUAAAAAUAAUAGCGGCCCAGGACACAAUUCCCAUCCAGGGCAUGAAGAUGAAGCGGACACCGAGACUAAAGCCACGUUAGACAAACCGCCGCGACGCAAGGAACCGCUAAAUGUGAACAUUUCUGGAACCAGGAGCGAGAACUGCAAAUCAAAAAGUUCCCUACUGGAUACCCGACUGGCCAAGGAUGAGAAGUACCGGAUCUCCGAGCCGAUGAAUACAAACAAGCCCACAAUGGCAGAUGAGCACCUGGAGACCUUGUUGAUUCAGGAGAAAGCUAACGCUUUAGCCACGGAGGACCUCAGCACCUUGUACGAAGUCAAGUGUGCAGAGGGAAUCCCGGAAAAUGAAUCAAUUGAGCAAAGAGCUGCUAGAAUUUUGGGUAUCAACGUUCCAGUGGGCACUUUGGGUGUGUCGGAUGGGACACCGGAAGAGAACAGUGAUGAUGCGGAAGCCUUAGCUGAGGAAGCGGAGGAUUCAGGUGAAGAUCAACGGAAUGUGAUUGGAGAGCCCGAGCAAGUCAAAGCGGGAAGCUUCACUCCACCAGGAAAAGAAGACACAGAGACAGAAGAGGUCAAGGUGUUAACAGUAGACCACAAUGAAGAUGGCCGACAAAAGCACAGCAACAAUCAGGAUGACGAACACGGUGAAGGUGACAUCACUCAGCCGGUGGUGGUGCUGGAUCUUCCCGAAUUCCCACCAAGUAAUCUCCCUCUAUCCCUCCCCAUGGGCACUGACGACAAGCUAGCAGCACGGACGUCCAGAGGAGAAAAGAAGGUUUGCGGUGGAGCAAGCAAACUCAUCGAAUCCCUGCAAGAUAAGCUCUGCUCCUCUGCUUCCGCAUCUGCUGCAUCUAUGGGCAGGUCGACCACAGACAGAAUCGCCCGUCUCAAAGAGCUGGACUCGGUGUCGAGAAUAAGACGCCUCAGUCUGAAAGGGUCCAAUUCCAUUGGAGAGUCUGAGCCUGAGGAGAUGGAUGGAGGUGAACAGGAGAACUUUGUUGAAGAUGAGCCACAAGUGGAGGACAAACAAGAAGAUGAAGGUGUGAAAGAGCAGAGUGAGGUCACAGAGGAUGUGGAAACACAAAGCCAGAUGGUAGAUCUCACAGAACGUUGUCGAUCCGAUGAAGAUAUAUGCAAAGGAGAUGGAAAACCAAAGGAGGUUGAACAGACUAAUGAUGUUUUUGCACUAAAAGCAAUACAGGAAGGAAGUCGAGAAGAUGCUGAGGUAAAGACAAAGGAGCCAGAAGGAAAAGUAGACACUGAAGUUGAAGACCAGACACACCGACGUGAACAGAACGCAGCAGAAGUCAGGCAGUCGGAGGUGAAGGUGGAAAAGAUUCCCAAAGCAAAGCGGCGCAUGAAGCUCCAGAAGCCUCCACUGCUUCCUAAACCUCGGAGUGUUCCCAAAAGGGAAAUAAGCCUGCCGCUCAGCUUCAGCACCGGGACCUUUGCUCCCUCCAAUAUGGAGGAUGAGGAGAUGCACACGGUCUCAGACUCCUACGACCCCAGUCGAGUGGAGCGCGUCUGAGCGCCGACUCUGCCUUCACCGCCGUGGACAUCACAUCGGUCUCCCGAGUUAACGAGCUUUUCCCAAGAAGAAAUCCAAAAAAGGCUUUCAUCUCAUCCACGGCUUCUUCGGCGGUGACCCUUGCGGUAUUGCCACAUAUCCCCCGCCCCCCACCCCCCCGAUCCGACUGUCCGGGUGCUGAAUCAAAAUAGGCGCUGCCAGUUCUCCCAGCCUUUCCAGCCUCCUCAAUCCCCCCCCACCCACUCGACCUUUCUCUGCUCCGCCAAGUCAACUGCCUUCCUCGGAAAGAUUCCCGCGUGUGUCAUGAUGUUCCUUCUGCACUCGGGCUUCUGACUCGGUGUCCAGUUAUGAAUGUAAAAGUGCUUCUGCUUUUCUAAACAAACAAACAAACAAACAAAAAAAGAAAUUCCAAGUCCAAACAAAAAAGGCAACAGUAUUGCGUUACAAUCACUAUGAACUCUCACAUGUAAAUAAGAAGUAUAAAGUUUUAUCCAGAGUAUAAAAAGAUCCGUUGAAGAAAUGUAUAUUUUCUUAUAUCAGUUCAGAAAAUGCUCCAUUUUUGAAAUGGUGGUAUUUGGGUGUUGGACUAAUAAUGGAACCCUCUUAUGACGUUCUCUAUUCUUCUACCCGCGUGAUAGCGAAUGUACUCAGAGAGCCUGCAAGGAGAAACACUGUGGUCUUUCAAUAGCUUCACUCAACAGCAAUAUAGUUACACAUGUACACAUGUAGUACACAUGUACACAUGGGAUAUACUGUUACGCUUUCAUUUAUGUCCACUCCAAAGCUUUUCCUUUUGGUGUGUCAGAUUAUUGGCGUCACGUCGGUGAGUACGUAGGUAAUACUUUGAAAUACACAAACGACGUGGGUGUGAUUUCAGCACUAAAUGCCUCAUGCUCCGUCAUACAUCUUAAAUCAUCAUUACUAAAAUAUAUAUAUAUAUAUAUAUAUGUAUGUGUGUGUAUGUAUUUUGGCAUCAAGAGAGGUCUAUAUUUAACUGUGGCGUUGUUGUCUGUGGUUUCAGAAGUGCUUUCCUGCAGGAAACGACGAUGUAGCUCUUUUGAAGAUCGGUCUGCCUUGUGUGCAAAUGUCACUUGUGCGUACGUACGUCCCAUACGACAUCGUUUUUUUUCUCUCCUGAAAAUGGUCCGGAAUGACAAAAGUGUUGGCAAUAAUAUUCAUUAGAAUAAUGAUGUGGAAUUGUAAGAUGACGAUGCUUGACACAGGAUUACCGGGAUUAGAGUGUUUGGGCCACGUUGUAAAAAUUAACACGGUCGUCCUUUAGUACUAUGUGCUUCCAAUAUACAUCCAAUAGGUAUUGAUGACUAAAUACUGCUGUUUAGUGAUAGAACAUGGCUUAUUAUUUGUCAGAAAUAUCUAUAUUUAAGCAUAUUUGGGCUAAAUUAAGCAUUUUCGAGCAUACAAAUGGACUAAAAUAUAUUGAAAGUCGUGAUGAUAUGUAGUGUUCCAAGUUGGACACUAGGUGGCAGUCAGUAGUAUACAGAACAGGAAGUAAAAAAGAACAACAAGGCACUCUCGCAAUGCUAACGUGUCAAAGUUAUGUCUUAUUAUGUUUACUAUAUUAGUUAACAGGAGUGUAAAAGGUGACUAUAGGGCUGUUAUUUAUGUCUGGAGGGCUCUAAUGUUAAUUUUGAAGUUUUUUUAAUUGUGUUUCAUUGUUUCAUUUUCAAAAAAUGUAAACUUUCCAAUCAUAUUGACCCAUUUGUCCAAUUCUAUUCUUGUUUUCCUUCAUCAGCGUGGCCCCAACACUCCUUUAUCUGCCGUAUAAAACUAUCUUCUGGAUAUUAUCCACGUAUCUAAGCAUGUUCAGUGACAUAUCAGUGCUGAUUAUGGGCAUGACUGUCAAUCAGCGUAUAGCAAAGGUGUCCAAAGUGCAGCCUGGGGGCCGUUUGUGAUGCGUUUUUAUUGGUCCAUGUCGUAUUAUGAAUAUAAAUCUAUCCGAGUGGUGCCCCACGUCCUUUGAUUUGUCAGUAAGCGGCCCCCCAGGGGUAAAGUUUGGACAUCCCAGUGACUUUUAGAUUUAUGAUAGCAAUACAAGAAAUUUGGGAAUAUACCAAACUAAAGUGUGUACACUAUGCAUUGGACAUCACCAUCGACUUGGUUUGGUACCAAAAUUAGGAAGCUGCAACGUCGGGCUAGCGUGUCUGUGACCUCAGCGGGCUUUUCUGAUGACGUUUGGAUCCAUGACGUUGUUGGUGUGUCGGUAGAUUUCUGUGGAAGUGGUUUUGAAAGGCCUUGAUCUGUGCGAGCUCAAACGGGAGCUCCGUCCCGGUCUUGUUCUCGGCCCAGUAACCUGUCCCUCCGUGUUCCAGGCCGUCCUCCGUACUCCGUCCUCUUUUGGACCGCAAGUUCUUUGUAACAUGUAGACUAAUCGGUGCACAUCUUGCUUUGAUAUUUUCUAUUUUCAUACAACAUAUGUACAGCUUCUUUUUUUAUUUUGGUCUCCCUUUUUUGGUGCAUGAAAUGCGUAACAAGUCACAAAGUAUUUGCAUUUCUUGCAUUUGGUACUACAGUAUAAAUAUAGUCUAUCCAAUAAACUGUUAUAUUUCAUAUAAUGUAUAUCUUAUUUUCAAAAAAAGGUAUUCUACAUAUUUAAAGCAGAAUAUGGUAUUUUUAGAUUGUGAAAAGGGAACUAACUCUAAAAAGGCACAAUGUUUGUCUACAUUUAAAGAGAUCAUUUAGAAUGAUCGUCAAUAGAGACAAGUGUGUGCUAUUGUACAGUAUUACAAGAUAUUCAUAAAUAAAGUAUUUGCAUGAA